UCACAGGCAUUAUGGUGGCAAAAUCAAUGGAGUUCUCAUAUCAAGAACUAGCCAAGGCUACAAAUAACUUCAGCUUGGAGAAUAAAAUUGGUCAAGGUGGAUUUGGAGCUGUUUAUUAUGCAGAACUGAGAGGCGAGAAAACAGCAAUUAAGAAGAUGGAUGUACAAGCAUCAACAGAAUUUCUUUGUGAAUUGAAGGUCCUAACUCACGUUCAUCACUUGAAUCUGGUGCGUUUGAUUGGAUAUUGCGUUGAGGGGUCUCUUUUCCUUGUAUAUGAAUAUAUUGACAAUGGAAACUUAGGCCAAUAUUUGCAUGGUACAGGGAAAGAUCCUUUGCCUUGGUCUAGUCGAGUGCAAAUUGCGCUAGAUUCAGCAAGAGGCCUUGAAUAUAUUCACGAGCACACUGUGCCUGUGUAUAUCCACCGUGAUGUAAAAUCUGCAAAUAUACUAAUAGACAAAAACUUCCGUGGAAAGGUUGCAGAUUUUGGGUUGACCAAACUUAUUGAAGUUGGAGGCUCCACGCUUCACACUCGUCUUGUGGGAACAUUUGGAUACAUGCCACCAGAGUAUGUUUUUUAUGUUGUGUUAAAUGAUACCAUACUCUUUAUAUGAAAUUUGGGUUUUGUUGGAAUAAACAUGUGUACACUGUGUUGUGUUACUAGUAGCCAUCUUGUUAAUUUAUUAUUAAUGAAUCAUCAGCUUUUCUUAUUGACAAACAGAUCAUAACAAUCAAAUAUUGAAUGAUUAAGUAGUAAAAUCAAAUUCAGUUUUCAGAAGAUAUCAUAGUGAACCUG